GAGAGCCUAUCUCCACAAAUAUCCGCAGAUAUCUCAUCUCAUGAACAACUUACGAGAAACAGAACGGAAGAUUCUAUCUCCACUCCAAAUCCGCAAAAUCCCAUCUCAUCCUUUAUCUUCAUCGUCUGUCACUUCUGGCUUCUUCUUUUUUUUUUUUUUAAACCUUUUUGUUGCCUCGGCCCUGUUCUUUUGGCAAAUUUGCUGGCUUCACUUCACAUGGACGCUCCCGAGAAGGAGGAGGACGACUGCCGCCGCUGCCGCGGUGGAUAUUCGGCAGCCCCUCAGCACCAGGAAUCCCCCUUCUUCGGUUGCUUCAGCAAUCUUUGUCCUUCGAAUUCCGUAGAGUCUAGCUUGCAAGCCGGCGAUCCUGGCCCCAAGCAAGCGGCCCCGGUGGUUGGUGAUGGCGAACCGCUGUCAGGUUCGACAUGGGCAGAACAAACUACUGAAGAGCAUCACUUCGGUCCUCAUAAUGUUGUUCAGGCAUUUAAUAUCUCUCCUGACGUAUACCCAUGUCGGCAUCCAGGAAGCGCAACCACACCACGGUGCUACUCGCCGGCAUCUCAACUUCGAUGUUGAAAUUCCCUGCCACAGUUACAUUCCUGGGAGCCAUGAUUCCUACGCAAGCCACAAUCAUGCCGGGUAUAGUUGGGGAGUACCUCCUCCUAGCCUCUCGAACUUGGGCCAUUCGCUUUUGAGCAAUGGCGGACCGCAAGAAUCCAGCAGUUGGCAACAAAUCAUCAAUGCAAGCAACAUGCCACUCCAGUACCCAUGUGAUCAGGAGAAGCUGAUUCAGAUGCCAGAGUACUGGAAAAGUAGCUUUGUUUUCAGCAGUCCAACCGGGGAAGUCUCCGAUCUUGUUGUCUAUGGUCAAAAUGGAGAUGGAGCGAUUUACAAUCAGAAAAGUUUGAGCGGCGAAAACGGUUCUACAUCACAAGAUCAAGAGAGGAUUGCAGAACCAAACUCGGUCACUCCUAGAAGGGGGAGCAAGAGGAAAGCAGAAGCCAUAAAGAAUGGCAGCUGCAAACGAUGCAAUUGCAGGAGAUCCAAAUGCUUGAAACUUUCUCCGGUCGUUUUUCCUGGCCGAAAGAUAGAGGACGCGUUGCCUUGUUGGAAAGAUAAUGUUGAAACUUUCAUGUUGGCAGAUACUGUGAAUGCUUUGCGGCAGGAGUAUACUGUAUCGACUCUUGUACGUGCGAAGAUUGCUACAACAGCUAUGACUUUGAGGACACGGUUCUUGAAACACGGAAGCAGAUUGAAUCCCGCAAUCCUCUUGCAUUCGCUCGAAAGGUUGUUCAGAAUGGCAACAACUCUCUUCUGGAUAAAGCGGAAGGCGGUGGGAGCGAGGCGUCCCCAUCAUCUGUGAGGCACAUACGCGGAUGUAAUUGCAGGAAGUCUCAUUGCGUGAAAAAAUACUGCGAUUGCUUUCAGGCCAAGGUUGGAUGUUCCGAUGAAUGCAACUGCGAAGGUUGCUGGAACCCUUAUAGCCCGAAAUCAGCGGCAAGACAAAGGAUCGAGAGGAGGGAAAGGUCGCCUCAUGGAACACCGGAUGGUAUGCAGGGCACGCCCAACUCCAUCGGAACUGGGACCGGAUGUCAGUCUGCUUCGACUUGUGAAGGAACAGUCAAUAUGCUCAACAAUACUCCAUCUCCGAGUCCUUUGGCAUGUUCCAAACAUCCCAACACAGGAGGCUGCUCAAGUUCUACCCAAGCCGAGAGAUACCAAGGAACUGUGCCUCUCUGCUUGCCAUGUUCCCCCAUUGAUACGCCUCCAUCAGGCGGAGAUAAAGCGCCGCCCCACCUCAUUGGUGUAUCCAUCACGCACGACACGGCAAAGGGUGUAAACAUAAGUGACACGGGUACUUCUUCGCAGUCCAACGCGGCGAAUGCUAACUCGCCCAAUUAGAGACAAGUAUCAACCCCGCAGUUUCGGAGACCAAGCAUCGUCUCCCCAAGCUCAAGACGUGCCUGCAAACCUGAAUCGCGGACUCGUCCUUCCCCAGACGGCACGUCCAAAGACAGGUUCAAGUCAAGCUUAGAUUAGUAACUGAGGGAACCAGAAUCAAUCCAGAAUAGCGCGAUCUGGGAGAUGCUCGCUGAGCAAUGAAAUCUUGAUC